AUGGACGACUCUCCCACCUGCCCCUCGUGUGGCGCCGUAGGCUCGAUCCAGUACAUCACCCAGAUCCUCACGACCGCAUGCGACCGGUGCGGGUACGUCGACGACUCGGCCCAGUUCUACGGCAGCGAGUUCAACGAGCCCGAGAACUACGACCGCCCCGCCGCACCCGUCAGCGCCAACGUCAGUGGCGGCGGCGGCGAGGCCAGCGGCUACACCCUCGUCUCCCGCCCCGGCGAAGCCACUCCCGUGUCCAGCAACGCAUUUCGCCACCUCUCGGCGGGGUACGGCCUGCUGCGCACCGAGCUGACAUCGGAAGAGUCUCGCAUCAUCGCUGAUAGGAGGCAUCGACCGGCCAUCACCCGCCUCAUCCUCGGCACCCUCACCCGCGUUGGCCAUCCAAACUUUGCCGCGCGAGCCAACACGCUGUUUCACCAGGCCAAGGCCGCAGCGCUGCAGCGCAGCAAUGCCGUCAAGGCUGCGGCGGCGGCGGAAGCAGUCGAGGCCGGGGAGGAUGCGUCGACGGCGCUCGGGACCACUGCCUUGGCUGGCGGCAAGUUCGACGGCUCGAUCCGCUGGGGUUCAGUGUCAGACUGCAUGGCCGCCGCCUGCUGCUACGCCGUGCUUCGACGCGAGGGCCGGAUCAUCGACCUCGAGACUGUGGCGGGCGCAGCGAUGCAGCCGCUUCCGGGCGUACAGCGCUCGCUCCGUCAUCUCAAGAUCCUCGCGGGGCACAACCUCCGCGAUGUGGGCUUCCGCCACGUCGAUGUCACCAUCGUCCGCAUCCUCGACUUUUUCGACGACGAGAUGCGCCGCACCGGCGGCAGUGCCCUCCAGCCCGCCGUGCGCAAGUUCCUCGGCGCGUUCGAGCUGCAGCGACGGCCGCUAGGCGGCGUCGAGGCGGCCACGUCGUCGUCGGCCAAGUCCUCCGUCGUUCGCGCAGGCCCCGCCACGUCGAAGCGACCGCGCUUCGACGACGUCAAGGAGCUCGCGCUGGACCUUGGCAACCUGUGGUGGCGCCGACGGCCUCCUGGGGUGUCGCCGAUCCACGCUGCGUAUGCGACCGCCGUGCUCGCCAUGGAGGCGGCCGUCAAGCGUUCCGUCACGCUCGAGAUGAUGGUGCCCUACGCCUCGGUGGCAUGCGAAGGGCCGAGGGUGGAAGACGAGCUGCCGGUCGGCGGGUGCAGGACCGAUGGCGCCGGCGAUGUGUCUCUCGAGGACGGCAAACGGCACACGGCGAUCAAGGCGCGGUAUCAGGAGCUCCUGUCGUUGCUCGAGGAGUGGUCAAGCAGGCUGCCGUGGAUCGCUGCUGCCCCGCCGAUCACCACUCCGGCCCGCCGGCGCUCUGCCACGCCGAAGAAGCGCGGCUCGGCCGGUGCGCCUGCGACACGCGCGUCCGAGACGCGGUCUCUGAGCCGCGACGAGCUGAUCUGCCAUGCCGCCGACAUCAUCAGCUUUGCGUCGCAGCAGGCCGACCAGGAGGCCGACGGCGUCGAACCCAUUGCCAAGAGGGCCAAGCGGCAGGGUGCAGCUGCCGGGCAACGUCAGUGCAAGGGCGAGGAGGGGCGGGAGCAGGGCGAGCUCGACGACAGCGAAGUCUACCUCGACGUCGAGCUGCCGCGCGAGGAGGCUAAGACGGGCGAUGGCAGCGAAGUCGGACAGCCGUCUCCACCUCGGGCGGCGAUCGAUGUCGCGCCGAAGAGGGUCAGAGGUGCGCUGGCCCACCUGGAGCCGCUGAUGGUGUCCCUCGAGAGGCUAGAGAGGGCCCAGCGUUCUGAGGCGAGCGCGGGCAGCUCGGCGUCGUCCCGGAUCAAAGACGAGGCGGCCGCUACGACUGGCGGUAGCGGCGGGGCGAGCGGCGGCGGUGGGGGCGACUAUGCAUCGGUGCGAGAGCGGAUCGAGGCGGCGACGGGGAUCGAGGGCCAAGGUGCGGGCGCGGUGCACCCCAUUGAUGCGCUGAGCAACGAGCAGGUCGACGAGCUGCUGUUCACGGAGCGGGAGCUGGCGUCGUUGCUGCGGACGCGGGACGAGGUCGAAGCGGUGGCGCGGAUGCACCAAAGGCUGCGGGACUGGGACGACGACGAUGGGCGGCGGGGUGGCGGGCAGGGGCCUGGAGCACCGGCGACCCGCGCGGCGAAGCGGAAUGGACCGACGACGAAGCGGACCAGGGCGCUGGGCGUGUUUGAGCGCGGCGAUGGCGGUGGCGGCGGGGAGGUCGACGGUGGUCCGGGGCGAGCAAAGAGGACAGCGGAGUCGUCGAUGAGCGGCGAUGGAGGCGACGACCAGGUCGGCGAUGGCGGCAUCCGCAGCGGGACGGUGCUGGCCGACGGCGCAGCUGCGAGGCGGGUGGUCGUGGCACCGAUGAUUGACCUCGACGAGCAGCAGGAAGGCUCAGACUGGAGCGACGACGACGACGGCGAUAGCGAUGGCGAUGGCGAUGUGGAGCGGGGUGGCUGCUAG